GAGUGAGUGAGAGAGGAGAGUGAGUGAGUAGGGAGAAGGAGGAGUUACUUCAGAGUUCAGAGUUCAGCUCUCAGAGUGACUCGGGAGCCAGUGCCGAGCGGAGGAGACGGUGCACGCUGGCCACACCAUCCAAACUUCCACGUUCCACCCGCACUUCCAAGUGAUUAGUUAGUUAGUGAGUGUGCGAGUGUGUAGGCGAGCGUAGUAGUAGUGGAGUUCUCCUCGGUGGUGAUGUUGUGGAUGACGAUGACGGCAGCAGUGAGUGCUACUGCAGUGCCGCUGUCAGAGUAAAAGCAACGAGUGGGUAAUAAAGCAGUACCUAUGUGGUGGUCACAGCCGGACGCCGCCGCCGCCGCUAUUAUAACCUCAAAGCAGUGGUGUGACCCAUUUUGACAAGCAAUAGACGACCAGUUUUCUGUUGCUGAGUGUCGGAAAGGGAAAUCAGUCCAGUGAUAGUGGUUGGUGCAGGUUUGGUGGUGGUUGGAAGAAGGGCAGCAGCAGCAGCAGCAGGAUACCCUUACCGUAGAUACAGACACACAAACCCUCUCGCAAGUGUUUCCAGUUAUGCGUGAGGUCCUAGACAUGGCUAAGGGCACGCCAGGAGAUGCGGGUGGUCUGAGGGGACUCCUCAGCCUGGAGGACCACCCUGACCUCCAAGAUAUUUUCAAAACUAACAACGUCGAGGAUGAUUACGACGUCGAGAAGGAACCAAUUGCAAGGUAUGACAUCAUGCGGCUGUGCUCUCGAAAGAGGCAAAGGAAAAGGGAGUGGAGAAAACGGGAGUGUAAGCGGUAAGAACGCGUUGGAGAGGAGUCCCUUGAAGAUUUUCCGCGAAGAGACCAACUGUCAAAGAGGUGAUAAAAUGUUCGGUGGUGAGGCUGGGACAGUUGUAACGGUACACAAGUGUUCACGCUGGCUGUUCAUUGGCCCCAGGGGCAAGUUCGCGGCUGUGCGUCGGGCCCGCCACCGAGCCACCGGUCAGCUGUUCGCUGCCAAGUACGUCCGUCGACGCCGCCGAAACGUCUCCUUAGAGUGCGAGGCCCGACACGAGGUCGCUGUCCUGCUGCUUGGAAUCAUGGAUCCCCAAAUUGUCCGGCUCCACCACGUUUAUGAGACCCGAACAGAGUACAUCAUCUUGCUCGAAUUUGCUGGAGGUGGAGAUCUUCAACGAUUGCUUGACGACGCAGUCUCCCUUCCAGAAUGUGAUGUCCGCAACAUCUUGCAACAAGUACUCCGUGGCCUGUCUUUCCUGCAUGCUCACACAAUUGCCCAUCUUGAUAUAAAGCCCCAAAACCUGGUAAUGAUGGGUCAAACGCCUGAGGCAGGAGUAAAGCUAGUAGACUUUGGACUCUCCCGAGUCAUAGUCCAGGGAACUGAAAUCACUCAAAUUAUGGGAACUCCAGAUUAUGUUGCACCAGAGGUGAUUAACUUUGAGCCCAUCAGCUUGGCAACAGACAUGUGGGCGAUUGGAGUGUUAACUUAUGUGUUCCUCACAGGCUGUACACCCUUCGGUGGGGACACUGACCAAGAAACUUUUGUUAAUAUAACACAAGCUGAGUUUGACUUUCCUGACGAGUUGUUUGCUGAUAUUUCAGUUCAUGCCAAAGACUUCAUCUGUGGCCUUCUUGUCAAGAAACCAAGUGACAGAAUGACAGUUGAUGAUUGUCUGAACCAUGCCUGGAUGACUGCAUCUCUUUCACCAGUACACAGUGAAAUUAUUACAGAAUCAUUCAAUGAAGAAACUGAAGAAGCCACUGAUUAUCCCAAUGCAUACGAUGAAAACUAUGGUCCUCAGUAUCCAGCAACAAAUGACCAUCUCUAUCCCUUGCCAGAAACUGACCAUGCAGAUUCCGCCUAUUCUAGUGAUUCUAGCAGCAGUCCUACUUUCACAGAAGGCUACAGUAAUUUGGUUGUUCCUCCUCUUUGUCAUUGCACUAUACCAGAGGAACAGCAACAACAACAACAUCAAGUACAGCAACAGAAACAAAAGCGGCCACAAUUGCAGAUUGGAAGUUCAGCAACACUUGGUAGGAAACAACGAAAUAAAGGUCAGCGACUAAGUGUUGACAUGGAAGAGACAUUACGGAGCCUUCAGCAACACCAUCACCCAGCAAGAGCUACCAGACGGGCCUCCCUUGUCAUUGACGAUCCUCGUUAUUUGCAAGAAGCUGCCCAACACUUACACGAAAUGGUCAAACCCCUUGCUGAAAUUCCUCGUCCUGUACCAGAGGAAUUGGUUAUCUUACGAGAUUCCGAUGUGGACAGUGGUGUUUCCUGCCAUGACUGUGAAGAUGCUCGUGCUGAAAACUCAAGACUGUGCCAUUCUGACUCAUAUGAUGGGGGUGAUGUAGCCAGUGUCGUUUCAUGGGAUGAUUAUUCCGAUCUAAAUGGAAGGCGACCUUCACUUACACAUUUUGACUCUGCCACUCUUUGUUCUGUAGCUAAGCCUUGGGAGAAACUGUGUAAUGGGUCUGUUUCAAGAGCAAUGCUGCAACUCACCACUGUUAAAAAGGUUCCAAGUGAAGUAAGAGGCUCAAAGUCUGAUCUCCGAGGAUCCAAAGCAGACCUUAGAGGCUCAAGAGGAGAUCUUCAUGCCUCAAAAUCAGAUCUGAGGGCAUCAAAAGCAGACUUGAGAGCAUCAAAAUCAGACCUCAGAGCUUCCAAAUCUGAUUUGAGAGCCUCCAAAUCUGAUAUUAGAGCCUCCAAGUCAGAUUUAAGGGCAUCUAAAGCCGAUCUUAGAGCCUCGAGGCAAGAUUUACGGGCAUCAAAAUCAGAUUUAAGAGCUUCCAGAUCAGAUUUACGUGCAUCAAAAGCAGAUUUGCGUGCCUCCAAGUCUGAUCUGCGAGCCUCUCGAAGUGAUCUCAGAGCAUCUCGCACAGAUCUUCGUGGAUCAAGACACAACCUUACUUUAUCCAGGCUUGAUCUUGCACACGAAACCCUGGAUGGUGAUUGUGUAUUGGAAGAUGAAGCAGAGGAUGUGUUACGUGGAGAUUUAACACUCCCAAGGCGUUCAAAUAUCGACAGAAGUGCCCUUGCCCCAUUUAUGCGAGGUAACUCCCUUCACAUGAGUUUCCGAAUAGCCAAGAAUAGGGACUUGCGACUUUGAUAAUAGUUAUUCAGUAUGGUGUUCCCCAAGUGUACUUAACAUUUAUGAUGCUAAUGUUUUCUAGUCAUAACUUAUGCAGGACGUGAAGUGUGAAAAUCACAGGAAUAGAGGGCAAGAGAGAGAGCGAGAGAAAGGACCCAAUUCAUUCCCUUGCUUGAACAUCACAAAACUGUGAGACAGUGAGUGGUACCUACUUUACUUGAUAACCAAAUAUAAAACAAGGACUAGAUCCCAUUAUCUAGCCCAGAGUCAUUGUCACCAAAGGCUUACUCAUAUAUUAAUGAAGUGACUGCCAAGGAAGAUACCAUUAUUUUCAUAUUUAAAACUUUGUUUGUAUGGAUGUAAGUAAUCCGUUUUGGCACUGCAUCUAAUUAUGUAAAGAACUUACAUAUGGGAAGUAAACUAGGUGAUAAAAGGAGUGAUGCAGAUAAUGUCAUAACAAAAAGUUUGUCUUAGCGACAUAUCUUGCCUCCUUGGCAUCCUUCUCGCACUGCAUUCUGUUACUGUGAGGCUUAGAGUUGCCUUUAGUGCAGGUGUAGUUACAUAUAAUGUGAUAAACCCAAGAGACUAUACAUCUCAUUUCCAGACUGGUCACACAGUAAGUUACUAUUAAAUGUGACUAGGCUGCUUACAAAUCAUACUAUGCAUGACUUCUCAUCCAUACCACAUCAUGUAUUCAGAUGGCUUUGAUAGCCACACACACUACGUAUUGACAUAUCACUUUUAAGGUCUAUUGUUAAAAACAGUGUGCUAGAUAUAUCAAAUAACUAUGAAAUGAGUUCAACAUUUCCAUCAUAACAUUCCUCUAUUGUUGACAUUUAUUGUUAUUCAUAAUGCAAUUAUGUUCAAAUAUAUAUUUGAACUAAAUCACUGAUUGAUGUUUACAUAGGUAUACUGAUCUACUGAGAUGUUUUUUUAGUUUUUUUUUCUUUUUCUUUUUUCUUUUUCUUUUGACAACGAACUAGUGAAAAUUAAACAAAUUAUAGUUGUAGAAACUAACCAGGAGAUCAGAAGACCUUAUUAGUAAACACACUCAAAGAUGGUGUCUCAUUUUGUGUAUAUGGUCCUUGAUUGUUAUACUGUAUUCUGAUGGUAUACAAACCUGUAAAACAAAGAAAUUUUGAGAUCAGUCUUGGCUCGCUGACUCGCAUAUGUUCACAUUAAAUAUGCAGGUGCUAUAGCUAGUAGUUCUCACAAUCUUAUAUAUAUAUUUUUAUCUGUUUUCUUUACUUUUAUUUAUAAGUUUAAUUCCCAAAUAAUUGUAUUGCUUUAUCAUAAAUGAAAAUAUUAC